AAAUCCAGACACGUCCGACAGAUUUCCAGACAGAGAAGGCUGAUUCAUCACUCCAGAGAACGUCUCCACUGCUUUAGCGUAAAGGGAUUUACAGCACUGCAUCCAACACUUUGCAUUUCACUUGGUGAUGUAAGGCUUGGAUGCAGCUGCUCAACCAUGAAAACCCAUUCCAUAAAGCUCUGUACACACCGUUGUGCUAAUCUGAAGGCAACAUGAAGUUUGGAGGUCUUUAGCUAUUGACUCUGCAGACAGUUGGCGACUUCUGCACACUGUGCUCGUCAGCAUGCAUUGACCCUGUUCUGUCAUUUUACGAGGCCUACCACUUUGUGGUUGAGUUGCUGUUGUUCCCAGUUGCUUCCACUUUGUUAUAAUACCACUAACAGUUGGCUGUGGAAAAUUUAGUAGCAAGGAAAUUUCAUGGAUGGACUUAUUACACAGGUGGCAACCUAUCAUGGUACCACGCUUGAAUUCACUGAGAUCCUGAGAGCCACCCAUUCUUUUACAAAUGUUUGUAGAAGCAGU